AUUCACCACCACAACAACAGACUUUCCCUUAAACAACCUAUCUUCACUGAAAUCAAGAAGAAAUGGGGGGCAAGUCCGCAACCAAGACCGCUUACUUCGAGAAGCUGCGUGCUCUUCUCAAUGAGUACAGCACCAUCUUCAUCGUUGGAGUUGACAAUGUCAGCUCUCAGCAGAUGCACGAGAUCCGUAUCUCCCUCCGUGGAGAGGCCGUCGUCCUGAUGGGUAAGAACACCAUGGUUCGUCGUGCCCUUAAGGGUUUCGUCGCUGAGAACCCCGAGUGGGAGCGUCUCCUUCCCCACGUUCGUGGCAACGUUGGUUUCAUCUUCACCAACGGUGACCUCAAGGCCACCAAGGAGAAGAUCCUUGCCAACCGUGUCGCUGCUCCCGCUCGUGCCGGUGCCAUCGCCCCCGAUGAUGUCUGGAUCCCCGGUGGUAACACUGGUAUGGAGCCCGGUAAGACCGCCUUCUUCCAGGCUCUCGGUGUCCCCACCAAGAUUGCUCGUGGUACCAUUGAGAUUGUUUCCGACCUCAAGCUCAUUGAGGCUGGCAACAAGGUCGGUGCCUCCGAGGCUACCCUCCUUAACCUGCUGAACAUCUCUCCGUUCACUUACGGUAUGGCCAUCACCCAGGUCUACGAGAACGGUCAGUGCUUCGGCGCCGAUGUUCUCGACAUCACCGAUGAGCAGCUCUUGGCCGCCUUCUCCCAGGCUAUCUCCACCAUCACCGCUGUCUCCCUGGCCACCAACUACCCCACCCUUCCCUCCGUUAUCCACUCCGUCAUCAACGGAUACAAGAAGGUCCUCGCUGCUGCCAUCAGCACCGACUACAGCUGGCCUGAGAUUGAUGAUCUCAAGGACCGCAUCGCUAACCCCGAUGCGUACGCCUCUGCUGCCCCUGUUGCCGCCGCUGCCACUUCCGGCGGUGACGCCGCUGCCGCCCCAGCUCCCGCUGAGGAUGAGGAGGAGUCCGAUGAGGACAUGGGCUUCGGUCUCUUCGACUAA